AACAACCACUAAACUGACAUAACCUUGGGACAGGUCUGAGUUGAGCCGCCGCAACCUAUGGACGCCACAAACGACGACAACCACGACUCCCCGGUGUCAUGAACUGGGCCACGGCGUCCACCACGCCCUGCAUGACAUUUGGCUGGGUGCCGGACGGAGAUAUAUUUUCUCCCAAGCACACGAUGCGGCAUGUUGCCUGAGACAACACACGACCUCUCAUCUUUGACGCGGUUCUGCUGAACCGGGCAGUCCUGAAAAGAUGGCCACAAAGACGAGCAGGCCGCUGCCCGGGAGGCGCGAGGACAUCGAGCACAGAGACGGUCUCCCAUUUUACCCUCAGUACUGUUUUAGGCUCUCUCCGACCAUCAACACCUACUGCCAUCUUCGAGCCCACGACAUUGAUGCCCUCACGAUUCAUUCAGGAUUUCGAGGGCAGAAUGUCUUCUUCCAUCUCAACCACCCAGUCCAAUGGGUCCGCAUCGCAGGCAUGGUUGUCGCUAUCGAUGAAUAUGUUGGACGCCGAAUCUAUACCGUCGACGACAGCAGUGGCGUGUGUAUCGAGUGCACAGUCAACACUCCCAAGCCUGACGCUAUCGGCAAGCUUGAUACUGAAUCUACUCGGCCCGAGCAACCGAGGAAUUCUAAGACUACGAGCACGAUUACAACUACGACUACGACCACCACUGACACAAUACCCAAGGUCACGGUCCCAGCAGAUGUCGACGUCGGUACGAUUGUCGACAUCAAGGGUGGUCUGGCGCUAUACAGGGGUUACAAGCAGGUCAAGGCGCUCAAGGUGACCAUCCUACGCUCAACGGAGCAGGAAGUGGCUUUCUGGGAGAAGAUCAAGCAGUUCCGGGAAAACGUACUGGAAACGCCAUGGAAGCUCACCGAAAAGGAGGUCAGAAAAUGUCGCAAGGACGAGGAGAGGCGGAGAUAG